CCAACGACUGCUGAGCAACCAACUACCACUAAUGAACCAACAACCACAGUCUUACAAACAACCACUGUGUCACCUACUACCUCUGAACAAUCAACAUCCAUAGUUUUACGAACAACCACUGUGGUACCAUGGACCACAAAGGAUCCAACGACCAUUGAUGAACUAACAACCACUGUGUCACCUACUACACCUGAGCAACCAACAACCACAGAUUUACAAGCUACCAGUAUGGCACAACCGAUCUCUGAGCAAUCAGCAACUACUGGUGAACCUACAACGACACUCUUACAAACAACCACUGUGUCACCAACGACCUCUCAGCAACCAACUACUGGUGAAUCAGCAACUACAUUUUCACAAACAACCACUGUGUCACCAACGACAACAAUUUUACUAACAACUACUAUGUCAUCAACAUCUGAGCAACUAAAAAACCUUGCUAAACCAACAACUACAGUUUUACAAACAACCACUACGUCACCAAUGGCUUCUGAUCAACCAACAACCUCUGAUGAAACAACAACCACAGUUUUAGAAACAGCCAUUCGAUCUCUGACCAACCAAACAACCACCGUGUCACCAACGACCUCUGAGCAACCAACAACCAACCAUGAUCCAACAACCACAGUUUCACAAACCACUGUGUCACCAACGACCUCUGAACAAUCAACAACCACAGUUUUACCAACAACUGUGCCAGCAUCCUCUGAUCAGCCAACAAUCACAAUUUUACAAACAAUCACUGGGUCACCAACAACCUGUGAACAACCCAAAACCACUGAUAAAUCAACAACUAUAGUUUUACCAACAACCCCUGUGUCACCAACGACCUCUGGGCAACCAACAAACAUAGUUUUACAAACAGCAAUUGAAGUACAACCAGUCAGCAGUCAGCAGUCAAAUGUGUCACCAACGACCUCAGAGCAACCAACAACCACUAAUAAACCAGCAACCACAAUAUACCAACGCCCAUUAUGUCAUCUACGUCUGGGCAACCAACAGAAGGACAAACAACAAGCAACGGAAGUACAACCAACCACAGGUCCAACAAUACCCCUUGAACAAUCAAUAACCACAAUGUCAAUAACCAAUGAACAGCUAACGACCGAACUGUCAUUAACCACGGUGUCACUAGCAACGAAAAUCCUGCCAACAUCUAAUGUUGAACCAACAACAGCAUCAGACAUUACCAAUGUGCUAUCAGCAACAGAAGUACAGCCAACUACAGGAAGUGAAACCAACUACAGUGCAACCAACAACCAUACUGUCAUCAUGUCAUUAGUAACCUCUGAGCCAACUACCACACUACCCACCACCAUCCAUGAACAAACAUCCCUACAACCAGAAACUAAACAAAACACAUACUCAGAAUUACAUCAAAGAAAAGCACAGUUACUUCAAGAAAUUGAAAGACUCGAGAACCAGAUUGCUGCCUCCAACGCCACUCUCACAGCUCUUCAAAAGACCAAUCAAGUCUUGCAACGUGUCAUUGAAGCCAUCGAGGAAGCCACUGAGGUCAUGCAAAGAUUAACCAGGGGGCCUCCAGUGUGGGCCAAGUGUCUCCAUGGGACACCUACAAUUAUAACUGUAAUUGCUCUGGUGUGUUGCAAGACCCCAAGACCUCCAAAAUACACUGAACGACAUACAAAAGUAACUGAGCUGUCUACAGAAACUGUAAUUGUCACUGCGCAGUCUACAACACCUCAACCACUGCAAACCAAUGAAACAGUAACUACACAGCCACCUAAUUCUACUAAACAACCAACGACUACAAUGCAGCCAACACCACUAAAAACUACUGAAGGAACUAACAACCGGAGUUAUAUCGACUUAUCACCAACGACCUCUGAUCAAACAGCAACCACUGAUGAACCAACCAGUGUUUUACCAACGACCGCUGAUGAACCAACAACAACUGUUUCCAAAACAACCACUGUGUCACCAACGACCUCUGAACAACCAAAAACCACUCAACCAAUAAACACUGAUGAACCAACAACCACAAUAAUACAAACAACCACUCUGUCACUACCGACCUCUGAGCAACCAACAGCCACCUAUGAACCAACAACCACUGUGUCACCAACGACCUCUGGGCAACCAACAACGACUCUGUCACCAAUGACCUCUCAGCAACCAACAACCACUGAACAACCAACGACCUCACAGCAACGAUCAACCACUGAUGAAGCAACAACUACUAUGUCACCAACGACCUCUAAGCAACCAACAACCACUGGUUUACAAACAAUAGCUGUGUCAUCAACGACCACUCAAGAACCAACAACCAUUGAUGAAACAACAACAGUUUUACAAACAAUUUCACAAACAACCACUCUCUCAACAACGAUCUCUGAGCAACCAAAAACUACUGAUGAACCAACAACCACAGUUUUACAAACAAACACUGUGUCACCACUGACCUCUGAGCAACCAACGACCACUGAUGAACCAACAACCACUGUUUUACAAACAACGACUCUGUCGCCAACUUCUGAGCAGUCAACAACCACUGAUGAACCAAUAACCACAGUUUUGCAAACAACCAAUGUGGCAGCAACGACCUCUGAGGAACCAAAAACCAGAGUUUCACAAACAACCACUUAG